GUAUUUUAAUCAACAAUCAAUAGAAGUAUUUGAUAUUGAUUUUAACAGCGCCUUAUGUGUAACAUUUAGCAUGUUACAAUUUCCAUGACAGUCUCUAGUCACUCAAAUUGUAAUAUUAUGCCUCUCAUUUAUAUAUUGCCAUUAAAUUGAAUAGUGCACAGCCUUUAAACACUUUCAGAAAGUCUCUCCAUAACAGGAAGCUUGUCAAGAAGAGUCUCAGAGAUGAAGUUGUAAAAGAUGUGAAUGCUGACACAAAACUCAGUCAGCAAUCACUUUCAUUUUAGUCUGCACACCUCUCGACCUUAACACCGACAAUGAGAAAGGAAUGGGCAGCACGCUUGAAAAAUCAGCUGAAGAAAAGUCCUUUUUAUUCAAAUGCAAUUUUUGGCUUUUUAAUGGUGGGACUUGAGAAGCUCGUGGAGAUGGACUUUGCAUGUCCUUGUAAACCUGUGAUGAACUUGGUGUUUUCCAUCGCAUAUUUUUUAGUUCCUGCUCUGUUCUCCAGCGCACUCAUGUUUUAUAUUCAUAGCCCACAAUGCAAAACACAGUCUCUGCUCUCCACUUUAACCUGCAUCAUUCCAGCUGGUGUUUGGGUCAUGCUGCUGUUCUUUGAUGGACAGUACUACGCCUGUGCCAAAACCUCCUGGGUAGGACUGACGGUUAAGACGGAUAUAUCUGCUUCAACAACAUGGUGUCAGCCUUUGAUCGAUUCUAACAACAUCACUGAAAAGCAAAUGGAUUUUUUUGGCUUUCGAAAUACUUCUCAGUUUGUGGGACUGGGCUUCCUGCUUGUGAUCUCUGUGGCACUAUAUAUAUUUGGAUGUAUAAGGUGUUGCCAUCAAACUGCUGGAACCAAAGAACCUGAAGCUGAACAAGUGGAAAUGGAGGAUCCUGGUCAAAGGUCUGCUCCCCCUCCUGAAGGAUCUGCAUUAAUGGAGGAGGAACGCAGUGCGUCUUCUGAACAGCUGUAAAUACAGAAGCUUUGAACAGAGGUCUCGCAAAGCAUCACUGAAUGUUCACAAACCUCAUGUUUAACAUGGUACCAAAAGGGAAAACAACAAUAUUUGUAGCACAUUCUCAUCCAGCUGCACCACAAAGUUUUGCUUUUGUUUGCAUUUGUUUCUCAGACGUCUUGGCAUCACUGAAAGUAAGAAACCACAUCCUGCAAUUCAGUGCACUGUGUUAAGUAACAUGCUGCUCACAUUUGCUGAGGUUUCUUUUCUUCUUCUUCUUCGUUUUUUUUUUUAUAUGCUUUUAGCUUGGUAUAUUUACUUUGAAGUUUUUAAAAUAAAAAAUGAAAAAUACACUUUGUAACUGA